AUUUUCAUGAAGGUUCCUCUCUAACUACACAUACAUACACACAUCACAAUUCACAUAGUUGAGGAAAGAAUUGAGGUUUAUGGCGCUGAGAUCAGUCGUUUCAUGUAGUAGAGUGUGUCGUUUAAUGGAAAGCAGCGGUCGGUCUAGCCUUCGCUAUUUCAGCGAAAGCAAAGGGCGUGUGUUAAGUGAAGAAGAAAGAGCUGUGGAGACUGUUUAUAUUCAGAAAAUGGAGAGGGAAAAGUUGGAGAAGCUGAGGAAGAAGAAAUGGGAGCAAGAGAGAGCUGACAAGAACAAGUCUGAAAAGGCCGAGGAAGGUCCUCACAAGAUGUGAAGCCGGUUGGAUGGCUCGUGAGCUUGUGCGUUUUUGAGCUUGUUGAGAGAAUAAAUGUAGCUUGCUGUGUGUGUGUGUGCAUCUUUCUGUCUUAGGGUGGUUGAAGUUUGUGUAGUUAAGGCCGUGUGUGAAAAUCUCGAGCUCGUUGCACUUGUAUGCUAUGGAUUUUCUUUCGCCUACUUGCUUGUGAAAAUCUCGAGCUCGUUGCACUUGUAUGCUAUGUUUCCUUAAACUUCGUUUUUCCCCUCAA